AUGGCCACCGACCUCCAACACAUCCGCAACAUCGGCGUCUGCGCCCACAUCGAUGCGGGUAAAACCACCGUCACCGAACGCAUCUUGUUCUACACCGGUAAAAGCUACAAGAUCGGUGAGGUCCACGAAGGGACCGCGACCAUGGACUUCCUUCAAGAAGAACAAGAGCGCGGCAUCACCAUUCAGUCUGCAGCUACAACAUGUCCUUGGACCCACAAGGGUCAAGAGUACAAGAUCAACCUGAUCGAUACUCCAGGUCACGUGGACUUCACCAUCGAAGUGGAACGCUCCCUCCGCGUGCUUGACGGCGCGAUCGCUGUGUUCGACGGAAAAGAAGGCGUGGAAGCUCAGUCCGAAACUGUCUGGCGUCAGGCUGAUCGCUACGAAGUCCCUCGUAUGUGCUUCAUCAACAAGAUGGACAAGAUGGGAGCAAACUUCGAGUACUCCUUCGACACCAUCAAGAAGCGGCUCGGAGCGAAUCCAAUCGCGAUGCAAAUCCCCUGGGGUGAAGGCGACGAACUCGUAGGAAUCAUCGAUCUGCUCGAAAUGAAGGCAUACGAGUUCGAUAAGGAAUCCCAAGGUGCGAUCGUCACUGAGAAGGAAAUCCCAGACGAUCUGAAAGAGAAAGCCGAGAAAUGGCGCCAUGAUCUGAUUGAGAACGGUGCGGCUCUCGACGACGAUCUGAUGGAACAAUACCUCGAAGACGAGGACUCGAUCACUCCUGAGCAGAUCCGUGCAGCGAUCCGCAAAGGCACCAUCGCGCUCGAGUGCAACCCAGUCUUCUGUGGCUCGGCGCUCAAGAAUAUCGGUGUCCAGCGCCUGAUCGACGCAACCAUCGACUACCUGCCAAACCCAGAGGAAGUCCCAGACACCAAGGGAACCGAUCCGAAGGACAAGACCAUCGAGAUGUCCCGCAAGAACAACGAGAAGGACCCGUUCUCCGCGCUCGUGUUCAAGGUGGUCUCCGAUACCCACGGCGACCUCACCUACAUGCGUAUCUACUCAGGCAAACUCGUCAAGGGUACUCGCACACUCAAUCCCGGCAACAACAAGCGUGAGAUCGCAUCGCGUAUCUUCGAGAUGCACGCAAAGGAUCGUCUCGCACUCGACGAGGUCGGCGCGGGCAACAUCGUCGCGGUCGUUGGUAUCAAGAACUCGAUGACCGGUGACACCCUCUGUGAUCCGGACAACCCGAUCAUCCUCGAACGCAUGGAGUUCCCGCCGCCGGUUAUUUCGAUGUCGAUCGAGCCGAAGACCGCCGACGACAAGCGCAAGCUGUCUGAAGCACUCGUGACCAUCCGUCGCGAGGACCCUUCGUUCCGUUCGGAGUACAACGAAGAAACCGGCCAGACCAUCAUCGCGGGCAUGGGCGAGCUUCACCUUGAGAUCAUUAAGAACAAGCUCAUCCGUGACAUGAAGAUCGGUGUUGAGGUUGGUCGUCCUCGCGUUUCGUACCGCGAAGCGAUCAAGAAGGCUGCUGAUGGCUGCCGUGGUCUGUUCAAGAAGCAGUCCGGUGGUCGUGGUCAGUUCGGUGACUGUACCAUCAACAUCGAGCCGUUCACUGCUGAGCAAGCCGAAGAAGCUGGAUUGGAUUUCACUGACAAUGUUGCGUUCGAGAACGCGAUCGUCGGUGGUGCGAUUCCGAAGGAGUUCAUCCCGUCCGUCGAGGUCGGUAUCCGCAACACCGCCAAGAGCGGCGUCUCGGCUCCGUUCCCGCUGAUCAACAUCAAGGUCACGCUUACCGACGGUAAGUACCACGAUGUGGACUCCAGCCAGGUCGCGUUCGAGCAGGCAGGGCGUCUCGCACUCCGCGAAGCCGUCUCCGCAGCUGGUUCCGUGCUGCUUGAGCCGAUCAUGAAGGUCGUGAUCACCACUCCAGAGGAGUAUGUUGGUAAUGUGACUGGUGAUAUCUCCUCACGUCGCGGCAUGAUCCUCGAUACCGAGGACAAGGGCAUCAUCAAGGAAAUCACCGCGGAUGUCCCCCUCAGCGAGAUGUUCGGCUACACCACCGACCUCCGCGGCAUGUCCCAGGGUCGCGCUGCAAACUCCAUGGAGUUCAAGGAAUACCGCGAAAUGCCGGGCAACCUGCAAAAAGAAGUGAUCGAGGCCGGCGUCUAA